UUCCCCUCUCCCACUCCUACUUCUGCCUCACAUCUGGAUGUGGCUGUGCACGCCGUGCUAUGGGACGGCUGGUGUUUGGACUGGACGUCAGACUUCAGCGCGUUUCGGCUAGCGUGGUUUGGACGGGGAGCGCUCAGCGGCGGACAUGGCCUUUCCCAAGCAUUCCUUCCUGCAGGCCCUGAGCGUGCUGCUCGUGGCCGGGGCGCUGGUGCGCUGCCAGCCCCCCGUCGACCCGGAGGAAGAGGAGAAGGAGGAAGCCACGGGCGAGGCGGACGUCACCACAGUGCUGCCCAAAUCUGAAAAGACGGAAUGCCCGCUGGACUGCAGCUGUGCCGCCGAGGGGGUGGUGGACUGCGCCGGAGUGGACCUCACGGAGUUUCCCAGCAAGCUGUCAGACGGCACACGGCACCUCUCGCUUCAGAACAACAAGAUUGAAGAGAUCACAGUGGAGCACGUUUCCCAUCUGCAUCAGCUCGAAACUCUUAAUCUGCAGAAUAACUGGCUCACCACAAACGGCCUUGAAGAUGAAGGGUUUGAGAUGCUGGAACAGCUGGCCUAUUUAUAUUUGGCCAAUAACAAGCUGACUUCAGCGCCAAAGGCUCUACCACCAUCUUUGAUGAGCGCUGAUUUUGCAGCCAAUCAGCUCACAAAGAUAUACCCAUAUACAUUUGGAUACAAGCCAAAGCUGAGGUCUGUGUAUCUCCACAACAACAAGCUGACAGACGCAGGGCUGCCUGAACACAUGUUCAACGGGUCUGACAGUCUGGAGAUCCUCACCAUGUCCAGCAACUUCCUGCAGGUUGUGCCCAGUAACCUGCCGCCCACUCUCUAUCGCCUUCAUCUGAAGAACAACAAGCUGGAGAAAAUCCCAGCAGGAGCCUUUGACAACUUAUCCAACCUCAGAGAGCUGUACCUGCAGAACAACCUGCUCACCAACGAGGGCAUGGACAACAACACGUUCAGUCAGCUCAGCAGCCUGGAGUGUCUGGACUUGUCAAACAACAACCUGAGCGUCGUCCCCAAGGGUCUGCCUCGCAACCUGGUGCUGCUGCACCUGGAGAAGAACUCCAUCCGCAGCAUCCCUGUGGAUGCUCUCACGCCCGUCCGCAACCUGGAGUACCUUCUUCUUCACAACAACAAGCUGCGCUCCCGCUCUAUACACCCAGCCGCCUUCAUGGGUCUAAAGAAGCUGCACACGCUCCACAUGUACAACAACCUGCUGGAACGCGUUCCUCGGGGUUUGCCUCGGCGAGCCAAGACGCUAAUGCUGCUGCACAACUCCAUCACAGAAAUCAAGCGCAAUGACCUGGCGCAGCUGUACACGCUGACAGAACUCAACCUCAGCUACAACAAGCUGACCAGCUCCAAGGUGAACCGCGACGCCUUCAGGAACCUGCGCCUGCUGGAAACCCUGGACCUGUCGGGGAACGGCCUGCUCUCCCUACCCGUCAGUCUCCCUCGCAGCCUCCAAGUGCUCAAGAUCAAGAACAACCAGCUGAACUCCAUACCGGACGGCGCUCUGACGGGCAUGGAGAAGCUGCAGAAGCUCAUCCUGAGCGACAACCAGCUGAAGCUGAACUCGGUCUAUCAAGGAGCCUGGAUGGAGCUCAGUGCGCUCACAACGCUUGAUUUGUCGGGAAACGCUCUGUCACACAUUCCCUCCGACCUGCCCGAGUCCCUGGAGUACCUGUAUCUGCAAAGUAACCGCAUCUCCAGCGUCCCCGCCUCAGCUUUCGAAGGCACUCCCAACAUCAAAGGCAUCUUCCUCCGGUUUAAUCGUCUGUCUGUGGACUCAGUGGAUGAAAGCUCGUUUGCUCAUCUGUCCAACCUGCAAGUGCUGGAGCUCGGGACGGGAAACGGCGACCUGCCCUUUAAGAGAGAUGAGCUCGACGCCGAUAAGAUGAUGGAGGAGGAGGAGGAAGAGGCGGAGGAAGAAACAUAAGACAAGCUCAAUUCUUGGACUGCGGUGUGCGUCAGGAGUAGAAAAUUGGCUUUUUUAAGUCGUUUCCAUGGUUUAUUCCAGAGUUGCGUAUUUCUGGUGCAGGAUACCGGAUUAAAUUACCCAUAAAUUCCAUUUUUUGGGCUGGUUAUGGUUUCUUAGUUGUACAACGAUGGUUAUUUGUUUGUUUUUGGUGGCUUGUGAGACUUGUCGGAUGCUUCUGAAUCAACUCCAAGAAGGUAGAGAAACAUAAUUCAGCUCUCUGGUGUUUUCAUCCUUCUCUGCUUGUUUCUGCCGCAGCUGUUUAAUUGCUCCUGUUUAAAAAAAUGAUUUCACUGUGAAGCAGUUUGCCAUUCCUUUUCAGUCCCUCCAGAUAUUUGUCAUGCUGCAAUUUCAACAAUUAAUUAAAUUAAACUAAUCUCCAUGAAUUUUCAUUUAGAGACUUUAUUAAUUACUGUUAAAAUGACUUAUUUUAUCUAAUUAAAUCAAGACAUCUCCAGUGAAAUAGUGCAUGAGGAUGGAAUAACAACCAGCCUUUGUGUUUUGGGGCUUUUGUAAUUCAUGUUUUUCAGUUGCCUUCAUAAUCUGUCUUUAUUCGGGAGAAGAUGGACGAAAUAGUGACUGCACAGUUUUCUUGAACAAGCAUUGAGAAGUUUGGCCUGGUUUGGAUUUAAGCGGCUCAAACUCGACCUUUACGGCGAACGUUGGCGCUGCUUGCCGUUCUCAUCUGUGUUGUAAUUGUCGUUCAGUCCACUCGCCCCCUGAUGUGGCUGUGACCAUUCAGGACUCAGUUUCUCCUUUCUCGGACCACUUCGGACAGCUACAGACCUCUGGAGGACUGGAGAUUUGAGAUUGAACUGACUCGGUUUUCUAGCCCUCAACAGUUAGCUCUCAUCUAAUGCACUCAAAUAAUUAUUCCUGCUGAUUUUUUCCUGCUUCUUUAACAUCCAUUUUCAGAUCCAGUUGUUGACUGAUGCUUCACAUAUUAGGUGCCACGAUCAAUGUAUGUCUGUUCAUUCCAUUAUUUCAUUACCAUUAAAUUAAAAGUCAGCACUGGAUACAUUUAAAAGGCAUCACUUAAACAUGAACAUACUUUAUUUCUACGGCCCAAGGAAGCCUUGACGGAAUGCUUUCAUAUUUACCAGCAAAGAUCGCCGGGAAUCUCUGAUGUAAUUGUCAGUUUCCAUUGGAAAAGAGUCAAAGAAUGAAGAAUUCAUGUCGUUGAAAUGAAAUUUGUGAAACAUUUUGUGUGAAUCUAGAUGUUCUAAGGUGAAACACUCAAAUGUAUUCAAUUUGAAGAAGGGCUUUGCCAGCAUCAACACUGGGGUGUGGUUGCAGUUGAAAUUACAUUCAAAAGGUCAAAAUAAAAGGGACAUUCUCUGUGACUUUAUAUCAUGAGAUUUCUUCUCAUUAACAAUGUCUUGCUGUUCAGUUUUUUCUCUUUCGGAUUGUCUCGGUUAAAGGGGCUGUAUCAUGCAAAAUUCACUUUUGUAUGUUUUAACCUUGUUAUAUAGUUAUGUACUCACCAAAAACACCCCCAAAGCGUUUUUUUCCUUCGUGCCUGUGUGUUUAAG